ACCCGGGUGAGAAACAUGAAAUGCCAAGAUCAAACAAUCACGGCAAACACACAGAAACGUAAAUAAGUGCCUGUUAGGCAGCUCUACACAGAUAGACAGCUAGCUACAGUGCAAAUUAAUUAUCGUUAGUUUUUGAAAGUAUGCCUAACUCAUUUAUCAUUUAGCAAGAUUGUUAUAACAAAGUUUUGCGGUGCAUACAAAUAAACAAACCGUUAAAAAACAAACCGUUAAGCUGAUUCACAAGCCAGUAGGUCAAAUCAAAAUCAAAACACAUCAAAACUUGUACGAAAACCACCCCAGCUAUAACUAGCUGGAGCUUUUAGAUGCUGGAGCUGAUAUAACACGGCCCAAUGGUGAACUAUAGUGUUAAUUUUGUGUGAUAGCCUUACAGCUACCUGUUAUAUAAUGGAAGAGACAGUUAAUGGAGCUGCUAUUGGUAAAAAGGUUGAUCUUGACUGGACUAAAUUUGGUCUUGCAGAAACAAGUGAUUAUCAUCAAUCUAAAGCAGGAAGAGGAGCAACUGCAAAGGCUGAAUAUAUGUACACGACAGAACCAAAAGAAGAAGUUAAAGAACUUUUUGAACAUGAACAAGAGAAUGCUAAUUCUGAAGAUUCAUGGUGGAAGUCCAGUUUUUUUGUUACCAGCAAAUUGUUAUUUGGCACAUGGGAUGGAGUGUUUACUACUUGUGUGAUGAACAUGAUUGGUGUUGUUGUUUUUCUGCGUUCUGGUUGGAUGGUGGGUUAUGCUGGGACUGGCUUGUCUCUGUUAAUAGUAUUAAUAUCGUUCUUAGUUGCUUUGGCAACUGUCAUGUCUGCAGUUGGGAUAUGUGACCGUUGUCAUAUCGGUAAAGGCGGUGUUUAUUUUAUUAUCACUCAUGUGCUUGGUGGGCGAAUUGGUGGAGCUAUCGGUCUCUUAUAUUGCAUUGGUCAUGCUACUGCUACUGCAUUAUAUUGUACUGGGUUUGCAGAAUCUCUAGUUGGCUUAAUAAACUGGAACGAAGCAUGGGCAAUACGUAUUGUUAGUAUCAUAACGUUAUUUAUUUUGCUUGGAAUUGCUAUAUCUGGUGUGAAAUGGAUUAUACGUUUUCAACUCAUAUUAAUUGUGAUAUUGGCUGUCGCCAUGUUGGAUUUCGUGGUUGGAACAAUAGCCCAGGAGAAACCAGAAGCAGGCUUCACUGGAUUCUCAAAUUAUAAUUUUGAAGAAAAUUUAAAGUCAGAAUUUACUGAUGACGUAUCCUUCUUUGUUGUAUUUGGUGUGUUCUUUCCUACUGCAUGCGGUGUAUUAGCUGGUGUAAAUAUGAGUGGUGACUUGAAAGAUCCAGGACAAAACAUCCCAGAGGGAUCAGUUGCAAGUCUUGGAGUAUGUGGAGCAUUGUAUACAAUUAUUGUUUUAUUUCUUGGUUCAACUUGUUCAAGAGUGGCUUUGCAAAGUGACUAUAUGAUAAUGGAGAAAAUUUCUCUGGUUGGGGCAUUGUUUAUUUUCGGUUUGUUUGUUGCAUCGCUUUCAUCUUCACUGGGUGGCUUGGUUGGUCCACCAAGAGUGCUGCAGAGUAUUGCUGAAGAUGAUGUUCUACCGAUUUUAAAACCUUUUGCGAAAUUACAAGGUGUCAAUCAAGAGCCGCGCAAUGCCACGCUGAUUGUAUCCUUCAUCGCUUUGAUGUUCAUAUUUGUUGGCAACUUGAACACACUGGCUCCUAUUGUGACGAUGCCAUUCCUUGCCACAUAUACUGCUAUAAAUUAUUCAUAUUUUGCCAUGGCUAUGAGCUAUGAUAUUAAGAAAAAGAACGCUUUAAAAAGCACUCCUUCGCUGUAUUUAAAAAGACAGAACGGAUUUAGUGAAAGCACUCCUCCUCCGUAUUCUAAAACACACAACGGUUAUGGUGCGUUAUCAGAUAGCGUCGUGUCUAAAAAGGAGAGCAUAGUUAAUACUAUGAUUGUACAUGAGAAGGAGAGUUCUCAAGAACAAGCAGUCAAUGGUGAUGUACCAACUGAAAACGCUCCUCCACAGGCUGUGAAGUUAUCAAAUGAUUAUAAUGAAAAUACAGAAGUUGAAGUGCACCCCAUGACAAGGCAAGAUUCUAGUCGUGAUAUAGAGUGGAUAGAAGAGAAGCAUUCAAAUGAGUUAUAUGCAAAACUUUGCAAUCGUUGGGUAUCGCUGAUCGCUGCAUUGGUGUGCAUCUUGUUAUCGUUCAGCAUUAGUUGGGUGUACGCAUUAGCCAACUUGUCGGUAACGUUACUACUCUAUGUCUUCAUCAGUCAAGCAAGAUCGGGUUCAACACCAGGAGUAUCAAGUGAUUUUCAUUUCGGUCAGUGGCUUUGCUCGAUAUUCUCAAGAAAAAAAGACAGUGACGAGAAGAAAGAGCACGUGGUUAUACAGACAGAUCAAGUUCCAUACGGUAUAGCUAUGUAUCAAGUAACGCAAGAUAACUCCGACUACGAACAUCGCGAUAGGAAACACUUGGCAUCUUUAAUUAAUAAGCCGGUACCGUAUCAUUAGCAUUGUUAAUCAAUCGGUUCCGUAUCUUUCGGUUAGACGAUGGUAAUAAUAAAAUUGAUAAAUUAUAUAGUUAGUCAUUUUAAAAAAGUAUUUUUUGAGUUUACCUCUAGAUCUGUAAUAAUGUAUGAAGAUUUGAACUUGCGCAGUACGAAAUCGAUGAAACUGGGAAGUAUUUUAACGGAACGCCUUUUCUUAGCGUCUGGAAAUACUAUUUUUGUGUAAAUAAAUUUUGUGGUCGUGAAUUACGCGAAUAUAAAUAUAUACGAAGUGUCACCUGUAAAAAAAUCUUAAAAUUUUUGCCUCCUUUUUUUUGUCUAUUUGUUUUGCGCAAAUUCACGACCGCGAAAUACAAUGGCCAGACCUUUAAAAUAUCCUUAUUAACCUAAAACAGGGACUAAUUCUUUACCAAAAUAUUGAUUCCUGACCUGCAUUUCUUUCCAGGUUAUUAUUUUUUUUUAAAAAUAGAUUAACCAGAAUGAAAUCAAACACAGUUGAAACGUGGAAUGGUUUUUUAUCUUCUUAAAUUUAGGACCUAAAAACAAAGUGGACAAUUUUUAAUGGCUGAUGAGCUUGUAUUAAAGGCUGGCGCAAAUAGCUCAAGAUAGAAGAGGACAGUUUUCUUAUUUAUAUGGAAAUAAAUUUUUUUUCAGUUUGCACUCUUAAAAAGUGAUGCAUUACUAUACAUUAUUAUAAAGGCGCAUUUCCCGCUCAAAAAACAAAAAAAAAAAAAAAAAAAACAACGAAAGAAUCAGAAAAAUAAUAUUGCUGCAAUCUGAUUGGUUAUAUUGCUGUAAUCUGAUUGGUUAUAUUGCUGCAAUCUGAUUGGUUAUAUUGCUGCAAUCUGAUUGGUUAUAAUGCUAAUUUUUCUUUUGUUAUGUUGGAAACGAGCCUUUUAGUUCAGCAAUUUAUUUAUUUAUUUAUUAUGUACAAAAUUGGGUUUAUAUCUUGGUGUUCUUUUGUAUAUAUUUUAAAUAACAUAAAUCAUAGAAAGUAUAUAUAUAUGUCUGUGGAUGUGUACACGAACCUACUUUUCAAAUGUUUUGUUCCUGUUGCCAUAUCACUUAAGAAAACAGUCUCGUUCCCAGUACCAUAUAUUUUAUAUCGUCUCAGGUGACUUAGUUUUGAGACAGUCUUCUUCGAAUUUCGUUGCCAAUAAAAGUUGGUGGAUAUGGAACACGUUUGAAUUUUUUUCUUUUGUUUUUUUCUUGUCUUCUGCUUGUAAUCUUUUGAUUGUUUCUUGUACUGUUUGUGGUUUUCAUCGAGUUUAUCAUUCACCUUUAACAUUUCAUUCUUGCAAGAGAAAUUUUCUCCGCUUGUAUGGCGAAUGAUAUAUUGUUACGUUUAGUUGCUUGGUUAGGUAAAACAAAAGUUGUGAGUGUUUUUAUUUGUUUAUAUGCAAAGUAUUUAUUUGUUUUAUAACGCGGAAAUAUACACUUCUAUAGUCUUGGA